UGAAGUAUUUAGUCAAUCUACCAACAGCUGACUGAAAGUAAAGUGUUGUGUAACGUCAAAAUGUGAAAAUAUAUAGUUCCAUUAUUAAGUAGGAAAGGGUUUUAAGUAUUUGAUUAAAUUCAGUUAUAUCUGAGAACAUGGCAAGUACAACUGGAACGGUAUCCAGCUCUGGGAGCUACAACUUCAAAGUUGUUUUGUUGGGUGAAGGUUGUGUUGGGAAGACUUCUGUCAUGCUGAGAUACGUAGAGGAUAAAUUUAAUGAGAAGCAUAUUACUACCUUACAAGCAUCUUUUCUGAAUAAGAAAAUCAACCUUGGUGGGAAAAGAGUCAAUCUGUCAAUAUGGGAUACAGCAGGUCAAGAAAAAUUCCAUGCCUUAGGGCCAAUAUAUUACCGGAUGUCAAAUGGAGCAAUUUUAGUGUAUGACAUUACAGAUGAAGACUCAUUUCAAAAGGUUAAAAACUGGGUAAAGGAGUUGAAGAAGAUGCUUGGGAGUGAGAUCUGUCUAAUUAUUGCUGGCAAUAAACUAGACCUAGAAAAACAGAGAAAUGUUUCAGUCCAGGAUGCAGAGGAAUAUGCAAAUUCAGUGGGGGCCAAACACUUCCACACAUCAGCUAAACUGAAUCAAGGCAUUGAAGAGAUGUUCUUGGAAUUGAGCCAGAGGAUGAUUGAACGAGCACAGGAAAAUAAUCAGCAGAGAGCAAAUUCUCUGGGGCGAUCAGGCAGCACACGACGCAAUGUCGUGGUGGUAGAGGAUGAAGAUGCCAUUGCACAGUCAAAGUCUGGGUGUUGUGGAGGGGUAUCCACUGCAUCCUAACCUUUACCAUGUACCUGGGAUCAACCCAGCUUGUAUUAUAUUGUAUUGUUACGAGUUAAGGCUGACACGGCCAACAUGGCUGCACCUACUACUUGGUGUAAUGUUGCAGCAGACCUUCAGAUAUGGCCAAAUAUAACUAUAUAAAUAUGUUUAAUAGAAUUCUCAUCAUUUGAGCAAGUCAUUCUGGUUCCAGUGGAUCACUUUUCUGAUAUGAAAACAAAAAAAUAUUUUCUUUGUAUAGUAUUCAGUAUUCUUACAAUAAAAUGCCUGAGAACAAGUUGUUUGUUUAGAUACAGUACAGACAAUAAGGAAAUAAUUUAGAAAUUUUUUUAUUUAAAAUUUUAUGAUUUAAUACCUUGGUUCAACUUGGCUUUGUACAGUAGGGAUGAGCUUGAUACCAAAUAUGUUGCUUUGAACAGAAAAGUUACUGUCCAGUGAUAUGAAUUUAUCCCUAUCCCUUGGUGGAGUAAAUUGUUUUGUAGUUUGUACAUAAUAGUCUGUAUCAAUAAAAUUGUGUCAGCAGGCUGAUAUUACUAAUUAAAAUGAUAAGUUUCCAGCUUU